UUCAACUAAUAAACGUUUUUGAAAGCGCGCGAAUUUUGUAUAGUGCAGCGAUAUUUUGACAUUUGUGGACAAAAUUGAGAAAAAUGCCUUGGGAUAUUGUCAGUUCCGAUUUUGGAGGAGAAGAAACGGUCAACUUUGGUCCGCGAGAGGAGUCAGGGUCGGCACUGUACCAGAUUGAUACCCUGGCUACAAUAUCGUCACAACAAAAGGAGGCAGAAGUUCCCCACAUUGAGAGUUCAGUGAGAGGAGAAUUAGCUUGUCUGUCUGUAGAUAGGCAUGUCUCUGUGUUCACCGAUUGUCAGCACACAACCACUUUGGCUUAUGAUGCUGUUAUAGAAGAAAUGGCCCUGAGUGAGGAUGGGGGACUGAUGAUUCUGGGGGAUUCUUCAGGGAGGCUCCAUAUUCUGAACACAGAGACCUGUAAAAUGAUCUUCUCUCAUAUUGUUACACCGCCUAACAGAAUGGGGAAAACAUUUAGUCGGAUCAAGUGUUUUGAUGCAGGAGAAGGUUUGUACAAUUUAUUUGUGCUGGCAGUCAGUGGAGAGCUGAAAAUCUUGAAGAGUAUUAACAAGGAAACAUUCCUGGCUGGAGGAGACGGGAUUCGAACCAUGCUGAAGGAGAAACUGAUCUCUACCAAUGUUAGUGAGGUCCAUUCCUCAGUAACUGACUUACUGUGUUUGAAUGACUGCUUCAUCACCAUGGGGAUUGGAAAUGGAAUUCUGGGAGUUUGGGAAUGGGAAGACAGGGAAGCAGUUCUGGAUGAAGAAGUUGGAGAUUACUUAAUCUCAGCCUCUGGAAUUGUUCAAGGAAAAGUCACAAGUGAUGGAAAUUUCUUAUUCUCACUGGAUACAAAGGGUAAUUUGUGUCUAUGGAGCACUCAGGCCUGGUUUCUUCUGAAUCAAUGGACAGAGGUCAAAGUUCAGGAGUUUCAGUUGUUAGAAACAAGAGAAGUUCAGAAUCAGGGGUUACAGGACCUGCGGCUAGCUCUGAUCACCACACCAGUAGAAGGCCACAGUACACUGAGGAUCCAAAGUCUGCCAAACUUUGAGAAUAUUUACAACCUACAGCUGAAUGCCCCCUGCUUCAUCUCAGACUGUCUGCCCUCACAGGAAUAUUUAUUUGUAGUCGAGUGUUGCCCUGAUGUAGAAUGUCCCAAUCUGGUGUCAACAGUAAGAUUCCGUUGUCUGACUGAGACCAAUCCAGAAACCAGACUAUAUAGGAUACUCUCUAAAAAGAAAUUUGAAGAAGCAGUGCUGUUUGCCAAGAUGUAUCAUUUAGAAAUUGAUCACGUAUACAAAGUAAAAGUGAAUUACCUGCUGGAGCAGUUGUCUCCCUGGAAUAUGAAGAAAUAUACAGAAGAGACUACUAAUGACCUGAUACAGCAGCUCUGGGAAUGUCUACAGUUUGUCAAGGAUGAUUUAGAGCUUAUAGAGAACUGUAUGAACUCAGCCCUCCCUACACUGGUCCUCACACAACAGAUGUUGGAGCACUGCAGGAAAAUGGCGAGU